AUGAGGCGGCCUCACCCGACAGAGGGCGACGAGACCCAGUUUCUACUGUAUCUAAACCAGGAGGAGGAUGAUGUUUUGGAAAUGGAGCAGGAGGUUCUCAGUCUGUCCGAGGACGACGAGGAGCCGUACCCAGCUCACUCCACCCCCGCUGCUGCGAAGGUGGACCAGGAUUCGUCCUUCUGGUCCCUGAGCCACCGAGCUGCUGCUAAACUGGAGCACCGUCUGCCCAUGUUCCCGGACUUUGUGUCGGAGCUGACAUCUUCCUGGAGCAAACCGCUGUCCAUCCGCCCCUUCGUGCCUGGACAGGGUCAGUACUUGGAUGUGGAAGGGGCAGAUCAAGCAGGCCUGGUGAGCAUCCCUCUGAUGGAGCCACCUUUAGCCACUUAUUUGGCUCAGUCUCACAACCAGGUUGUGAGCGGGCCCACCCUGUUCCCUUCCAAGGUCUGCAGAUUCUCUUCGGCACAGCUGGAGAAGAUCUACAAAGCCCAAGGUAACACUGCCCUUGCGCUGAGCUCCUUCACUAUGCUUCAGACUUUCCAGGCCAUGGACUUGGCUGAACUGGCAGCUCAGAUGUUGCAGGAAAACCCUCUUUUACCCCUGCUGAACGAGAUCAGACUGGUGUCAGACCACAUUCUGCGUGUGUCCCGCUGUGCAGCGCUGGCUCUGGGGAAAGGAAUGGUUUCCACUGUGGUGGCGCAGAGGCACCUGUGGCUAACGUUCUCUGACGUUCCCGACAAGGACAGAGUGGCUUACUUGGAUGAACCGAUAACGCCUACAGGACUGUUUGGUCAAGUGCUUGACGUCAUCCAAACCAAAUUUGAACAGAGGAAGAAACAGGCUGAGGCAUUUCGCUGCAUCAUCCCCAGACGCGACUCGAGGCCCAAGGCCCCAAGCACAUCCAGGUCUGGAUCUCCCCUCACCUUCAGCACGCAGCGAUGCAGAGCAAAAACUGAGGAAGUAGCGCUGAUGAACGGUCUAACAGUAAAUCUACAUCUUCUAUUGCUUUCUUUCUACAAACCGAAUACAAUGCGGCACAAAAUCCUUAUGGAGGACAAGGCCUUCCCUUCAGAUCAUUAUGCUGUAGAGUCUCAGAUCCGCCUGAGAGGAUUUGACCCUCAGCUCAGCAUGAUGUUGCUGUCUCCAAGACCGGGAGAAGACACCCUGAGGACUGAGGACAUCCUGGAGGUGAUUCAGAAGGAGGGAGACAACAUUGCUGUGGUGAUGUUCAGCGGAGUUCAGUUUUACACUGGCCAACUGUUUGAUAUGCGUGCCAUCACAGAGGCUGGACACAAAAAGGGUUGUUUUGUAGGAUUUGAUUGUGCCCACGCUGUAGGAAAUGUUGACCUGAAGCUGCAUGACUGGGGCGUUGACUUUGCCUGCUGGUGCUCCUACAAGUAUUUAAAUUCAGGCGCUGGUGGACUUGCUGGGGCGUUUGUUCAUGAAAAACACAAAGACACUAUAAAGCCCAGGCUGUUGGGAUGGUGGGGACAUGACCUGACAACCCGCUUCCAGAUGACUAAUGUGAUGGAGCUGCAGCCUGGAGUGAGAGGUUUCAGACUGUCAAACCAACCAAUUUUUCUUGUCUGCUCCCUGCAGGCCAGCUUGGAGGUCUUUAACAUGACCAAUAUGCAGGCACUGUGCAGCAAAUCUGUACUCCUUACUGGCUACCUGGAGUACCUGAUUAAAUACUUCUACACUAAGGAUCUGUCCAAGCCUCACGUCCACAUCAUCACACCCUCAGACCCUCAACAGAGAGGCUGCCAGCUGUCACUCUCCUUCUCUGUCCCCAUAAGGAGAGUCUUCCAGGAGCUGGAAAAGAGGGGAGUUGUUUGUGACAUGAGAGAGCCCAGUGUUCUACGGAUUGCUCCAGUCCCACUCUACAACUCCUUCAGAGACAUUCGUCGAUURGUUGAUAUACUGGGAGAAGCUCUUGCAACAAGCAACAGCUGAAGAGUAGAUGAAGAAAGCUUGAAGGUUUAAGAGUUUCUGUUUGUAUUGAUGGAUAAAGACAUGCAUGAAACCAAACCAAAUAAAUGCUAGAAGCAUAAAAUAAAA